AUGCCGCGCUCCAGCUUCUCGGAUAACCCCCUGCUGCGGGUGUCGCGGCCAGUGUCUGCCUGCUCGCGAUGCCGAGCUGCCAAAGUAAAGUGCGAUGGCAAGCUUCCCGCAUGUACGGCCUGUGAAAAGGCUGGGCGCGAGAGCGACUGCUCUGCUGCCAAUGACCAGUUUGCUCGUGGCAAAGAACGAAGUUAUGUGGCUGCAUUGGAGCUCCGAGUCGAGAAGCUUGAGCGCCGCCUUACCUUUGCCCGAUCUCGCACUGCCUCUGUCGCACAGAUCGAAAGCGAUUCUUCACUCAUGACGCACUAUGGCAACGAUCGCAAGGACUCGCUUGCUUUUAUUCGAGCCGCCAUUCACCGUAAAGCCCUCAGGAAGCGCCAGCUCUCCGAUGUCAACUCGCUGGUUUCCGACUUUGGCUACCUUUCCGUCAAUGCCACCACUCGCGACUUCGAGCCGUCUGUCAGCAACAUGACCUUUGCUAGGCUCGUGUUGGCUACGACGGUCAAUGAUCCGCUACCAGAGGCACCUCAGAUGUCGUCCAGAAUUCCCUUGCGCCAAACUGCCAUUGAACUUGUCCAGCACUAUCUCGGACACAUCCACAUUCUUUUGCCCUUCUUCGCCGAAACCACCAUUCUGGCUCACCUCGAAGAGCUGUAUCAUCAGCACCACACCGGCGCGGCGCAGCCCCCGCAGCUUCGUCCCAACCUGCGCGAUGCCGACUACUGGUUGUUUUACAUGGUGCUUGCCAUCAGCUCGGCCUUUCAGAGCUGCAGCUGCCAGGACAGCUUCUACGCCAAUGGAGUGGACUUUGCGGCGCAGGCAAUGCGCUAUGCUGACGGCGCCCUUGCUCCUGGUCGCAGCACACAGGUCCAGUCGUUGCUGCUGCUGACCAUGUAUUCCAUGCUCGAUCCAGCCCACUUCGACAGCUGGCAUCUCAUUGGCAUAACCUGCCGUGCCAUUGUCGAUCUCGGCUUCCACCAGGAUCCUCCGCGCUCACAGAAUAUGGAUGCAACAACGUUGGACGCGCGGCGCUGUACCUUUUACUGUGCAUAUGCCCUUGAUCGCACUAUAAGCAUGGUGAAUGCUCGCGCUUUCUCCUUCACGGACGACGGCAUUAAUGUUGCCUUUCCGUCCAUGAUCGGGCGCAAUUAUCCACGGCCUCGACCACACUUGAACCCGUCUGGGCCCGGUCCUCGACUUCCGGCACAGUCGGUGGCGCUAAACCAUAUGCCUUUAUCCCCCUCGUCACUGGGACCGCCCACAAGUCCGGCGUUGUUGAUAUUCCAGCUACGGAGAGCUCAAUCCCACUGGUAUCAGAUGCUGUACCAGUCCGAUCCAAAAGAGCCGCUGGCUGACCCGACGGCUUUUGUAUGGCGCAUGUGCGCCGACAUGCGGGAGUGGGCCGAAGCUCUCCCGGUUGGCCUCCCGGCAAACCUUCGCGAUUCACUCGAUCUGGAGCUACAGUACAGCUACGUGUACUGCAUAGCUCCAAGCACACGUGCACCGUUGGUGACGACCGUGGCCUGGCGGACAUAUCAUGAUGCCCUGCGGGUGUUUUUCAUGGGCAGCCAGUUCGUUGCCGUGCUGCGCGAUGCUUCGGCCGCUGAUGCCAUUCUGGCAGGCGGGGGAUCCGUUCCAGUGCCAUUGGCCCUACCGGGUGAAGCACCUCCGCCACCGAUGCCGAAAGCCGGUAUGCGGAACCAGGGCCUCGGCGGGGGAGGACGGAACGGUGGCAUCUACCCUCCAGGCCGUUAUGGAUAG